GUGCCGCGCUGCGCUGAGGUGCCUACAGCCGCAGCAGAAGAGCCAGGCGAGUCACCGCAAAGCGACGAAGAGAGUCAUGUCGAAUGCGCGCCUGAUAGAGAUGAGGCGGCUGCUGAGGAUCAUUCGAAGGAAGAGCUGCCACAACAGGAAGAACCCGCAGAACCUGUUGAACGAACGUUUGGUUUGAGGACGCUCUUGGAGGCUUUGCAGGCGUCCGAGAGAGUCAAUACGCAGAGCAUCGAGGGUCCCUUCCAGCUAAACCAAAGUGAGGAGGUGCCCCUUGUUUGCUUUCAGUUCAAAAUGUCUCACUUCGUGUGCAAGGCCUUCCUGGCUGCUGGGUCAGACGAAGGCACGCGGCAUUUGAAGCUCCAAACUAUCUUCGAGGAUAACCGACAUGGCCUCAUAGAGGAGCACAGAUACUUCAUGGCCAACGAGUGGAACACCAGCAAACCGUACACGCGCCUGAAGUGCGGAUCCAGCGAUCGUGGACGAACCAACGUGUUCACACUGGAAUACGAUCUUCUUUGCCCUGUCGCUUUGAAACACUCGGCCGGGGUACUGUUGUUGAACCUGAUCUUGCGGAUGUGGUACACUUCCAUGGUUGCUUGUGUAAUGCACAUCGUUGCACCCCGAGACCUGCCUUUCGCCACCCAUUCCAUGAUAGUAGAGAAUACCUUGACUGUCGCGGUUCGGGAGGAGGACGUGGGAAUGCAGAAAGAGGCAUGUCCCAUCUGCUUGGAAUGCUUCCAAGUUGGCGACAAGGUGCGGCGGCUUCCUUGCAUGCACCUCUUUCACGUCGUAGGCGGUGAGUCUUCAUCCUCCCAAGGGCGCCACUGCAACAUUGACAGGCACUUAGUCCUGGACAAGCAGUGCCCAGUCUGCAAAACGCCCAUUGACAUCAUGGAGAAGAUGGAGCGCGAGCAGGGUCAAGCAGCUGCCCCGGCUACCGCUCCAGCAACAGUCAACGACGAAUCACAAGAUGCUGGUGGUGGCCCUGCAUCGCCAGUUGAAGAGCCACAGACACAAGCCCCGGAAGCGCCUCAACCAACUGCGGGCCAAGAGUCAACAGACGAGGCGACCAUCGCCCGACCACUGGAGCCUGCGCUCUCGCCAGAGCGGUUGCCGGAGCAGGCAGCAGAGCUUGAGCGAGUUGUCCGAAGCUUGCAGUCAAGAUGGCUGCAAAUUCAGGACGUUGUGGCUGGCGUUCAGCAGAUGCUGCACUACAUCGAGGACAGCCAAACUGCUUUGACUGCAGCCCGGACUGGUGCAAACAACACAGGGCAAGACACCACCCAAACGGCGGCGCAAGAGGCGGCCCCAACGGUGGAAUCUGAAGCAGCCACUGUCGAUGCUCCUGCCCGUCCAGUUGCUGUGGCAACAGCCAUACCUGAGGGCCCUGCACUGGCACCAUCAGCAAGUCCUCCGGAAGAAGUACAAGUCGAACUGCAGUUCGAGGUGCAAGUAGAGGUAGGCCAAGCAGAACCAGCAAACGAAGCAACUCGCGAAACGGAGCCAGUGGAGACUGGCGCGCCUUUGGCACCAACAGCAAGUGCAGCUCAUUCCGGGCAGGUCACAGCAGCCCCAACAGCCCCAACGCCAGGACCAACACCAGAGCAAGAGCCCUGCCCCACGCAAGAGGGGGCACCGGCACCCUGGCAGCCUUUCACCUACACCGAGAAGGUGUGCAGUGCGUAUGCGUGGAGACGGCGCCGACUCAGCAUACUGCAGGCAGCCUCCUCAGGCAGCCCAUCAAACGUCUGA